AUCUAGUGAUAUUUCCGUAAUUUCUAAAUUACACGAUCAUCAGCUGCGCGUUCAGCAUAAGAAAAUAUCAUUGACGCAAACGCAACCCCUCCCUCAAAUUCGUCGAAAACCCCCGAUCGUAUAUAUUGACCACAUCCUUCAGGCUUUUUACUCUCAUCCAUCUUGUAUCGGGGGCCGCGUCCAAAUCCACAGGUUGGGUGACUGAGGUACAUUCCCUAGCCAGACUAAACCCAACCCUUGGGGGAUGUCCAUCGUCUGUGAAAAUCAGGGUUUGGUCAACCUGGAUUGGCCAUGAAACGUAUGGUUCGACAAUGUCCGCAUCCGGAUGCUUUUCGGGAUAUAUUUCACUUUUCCUUGCUUUGAAUACGAGUCCGUCUGCAAUAUCGUCUCGCCAGUCGCCCCACUUUGCGCUCUCGUUGGUAGUCAUACCGCUCCAGAUCAAGUACACAUGGUAAAGAAACAUCGCAAGGGGCAGCAGCGAGGCAGUAUCCCAGAUAGCUUCCGUAGGAGAGCAACACAAACAUCGAUAGCAGGAGCGCUAAGAAAUAGCCGUAGUUGUUCUGGCCAACGCAAUUCAUCAACCAUAUACAAUGAUGAUCAUGUCUAGCAACACAUACAUUGCAAAUGCUACAAUGCUUACUUCUAGCAGGCUUCAGAGUAUGGCAAGUUCGACAGACAUAGCCAGGAUGAAACAAAAUUCGAUCAUAGGGAUACGAUCGCAUGUGCUCCCGGAGGUUCUCUCGCGUGAUAGUGGAAGUUGUAAAAACAGAGCUAUACAAGAACCAAUACGGCAACAUAACGACGACUGGAAUGCAUAGCUUGUGGAAUAUCCCAAUCCUUGGCCAGACGGCUGGAACGAACAUCACUUCCGCGCCCACGAGCAGUACCAGGAAUAAUAUCUACGGCCGUAUGAGUAACUCUGAGAUUCUUAAACUAUUGACUCGGAUAGUCACGUACCAAUACCACUGGAUGGUUUUCAUAUAGUAAAUAAUUCCCGGACCGGCUUCCCCAUCGUGAGACCCGGCCUCCACAAAUGGCGCCAUCAACCAAGCGCAGAAGCUUGGGAAAAUGGAUCCAGAUGAUACGAUGCAGGAAACCAAUUGGAGUUUUUCUGAAACCAAACCCAGCUUAUUAGAAUUCAGAAUUAUAACAAACAGGGACUCUAUAAAAGACAAAGUCGUGGAAUACCUCAAGGCUGGGAGUCUCCCAAAUAGAGCAACGAAUGUCAGGAACGACAAAACAAGAACCACCACCACAACAGUCCCAAGUGUUCCCAUCUUGCCUGCCUUGGGACACCUAAUGAAGAAAAUGUAAGCCGCAAAGGAGAAUUUAAAUUGUUUCUUCUCUAGACCCAGACCUUCAAAGGCCCAUCCCGAGGGAGCUGAUAAGAACCUUAUCUCCACGUGACUUGACAGGUGCCCAGGUGAUGUGGUGAUGUCGGAAACCUACAGAAUAGGUAGUGUACCAACCAUGCUUGAUAUGAGAGGUUAUUCACAAAAGACAUAUACAGAAUAUGCCAGGUCCCGCUGUGGUCUAUUCGGGCGUCUCUAAUGCAAAUAUGACUAGUGGAUUGUUCAAAGACACAAAGUUUUGGCUGUCAAGAACCGUCCCAUCCAGAUCAUGGAUAAUUCAGCAGAUUCAAGCCAAUGGUGGGAAGGUAGUACUCCUGGAAAAGGAUGCUGAUGUCCUCCUUGUGGACCACAUGAGAGGGAACAACCCCCCUGGCUCAAUAUCUUUCCAGUAUAUCGAAAAGUCCAUUCAGAACGGGAGAUUGGAGAGUCUAGAAGACCACCGUGCUGGUCCUGAGGCCAUGUAUGUCCGCCCUGUUGGGUCGACCAUCACGCGCCCGAAGUCCCACAGAUCUGCCUUCACUGCGAAGGAUGAUCAAAUUCUAUAUGACUGGGUGAAACCUUUUGAAGAGAAAGGGGGGCGGAUAGGAGGCAAUAAAAUCUAUCAGCAACUUGCAGAAAAGUAUCCUCAUCAUACGUUUCAAUCCUGGCGUGAUCGUUACCUGAAAAAGGUCAAAGAUCGCUCACGACCUGUUGCUCCAGAGCGUGGGAGCAGCAGUGCGUCAUCUGCCCGCCAGGCAGACCGAAAAACAAGGACCCAGGAGAGGCACCCAGUGGAUACAUCUAAAGCCGGAGCUCCCGGUUCGAGCAGCCACAGAUACGAAAGAUUUACGAAAGAAGAGAAAGAGGACUUACUCAAUCAUGUAAAGGAUAUUCUCAAUAUUGAAGAGGGCAAAGAAGGUGAGGCCUGGUCCGCGUAUGCUGAAAAUACCGGGAAAUCUGUUGCGGAAUGGAAGUCCUUUUUUCAUAACGUUAUCCUUCCAGAGUACAAGGCAAGGAGAUCGAAACCUGACCCCUCUCGCAGGACUCCACAAGCAAAUCGCCAUGAAGCAACUGCCACUCCUUCGCCUAGUACUGAAUCUUCCAGGAGACAACGUAGUGAAAGCCACAACCAUUUGCCCGUUCCCGAGAGUGGGAAGCCACAACAUUUCACUCCCCGGAAGAAACAGCGCAUAGAUAUUAGAAAACGACGGCAGAGCGCAGUAGAUAUCCCUUCCACCGGAAUAGAAUCUAGCUCCGCGAAACGUCGAAAACGAAGUACUAUUGGGCACAUACCCCAAGCAUCGGCAUCUCCAUCCGCUACAAGCAUCCAAUCCGAUAAAAUAGUGACUUCGAAGCGUCCGCCAGGAGACUCUCGCUCUUCCUCUACUCGGGAAGGAAGCACACAUUCAAAAUUCGACUCCCCCUAUCCCGGUAACAGCGAAAAGUCCGGCUCCGCAAGCUGUGCGGUGUCCACCACCAACUCAGCAUCAGAGGAACGUUUUGAAACUGCCCCUCAACAAUUUCGACAGGAGACUUUGGAAAGUCAUUAUCAAACCCCUCCUCAGCUCCUAGAUCGCGAAGGCGAGUUAAACGGCUCUCAAACGCCCCAGCCAACCCCAGUUACAGAUGGAGAUGCGCGCGCGGGUAACGGACCCUCAUCCUCGGCGGAUGAUCAACCCUCCAUCGAGCACAUGGACGAAUGGAUCGCCUCCAAAACCACUGGCCGCAAUGCAUACACCCAGCAGCAAGUGCUCGAGGCUCUUGCCUGCACCACGAUGGACCCCGAUCUAGCUGAUACAGUGCUCGAGACGAUGGCAGCUGGGAAGGGAAUACCCGAUAAUGUUAGAGGGGUUUGGACGCAAGAAGACGAUGAAUGCCUUGAAGCGCCGGAUUCGAAGGGCAUUGAGGCUGUGCUGCAGAAGCAUGGGGAUGAGCUUUUCAAUGCGCGGUUUGAGUAUAUAAUGACCCGCAGAGAGGUGAUAAUCCAAAUGGAGGACCCAGCCGAGUGAUGGAAGACGCUUCAUUUAAGACAUUUUCUCGGCGCCCUUCUUUCCUUUCAUUUUUGCUGGUUUGUGAUAUCCAAUGACCGUCAGUGGGAUUGAAGCCGAAAAAAUUAUAUACAAGUUCAUAUUCCAAGAUACCUUGAAGCUGAAAGCGCUACAUGGUCAAAUGCUAAAUUAUCAAUAAACACCCAUUACUAACGUUAGCUUGCUUAAAUUUAAAGCACCCAAACGAGAACUCAGGAAUUCAUCUUUUAAAUAAAAUCAAAAGACCAGAGCUAGGAAGCAGAUGAAAAUAAAAGAAGACUAGGAAAUAAGAGAAGAAGAACGCCUAGAAAAGCACAAAAUAUUGAAAAGAAGGCCAAUAAAGGGCGAGAAGAAUUACAGAUACUUCAAUUUCCUGUCUUUCCUGUCCUUUAAAAGUUGAAAGAAAGCCAGCCAUGGUAGUAAAAGAGUAACGACAAAGCCAAGACUAAAAGCUAAAAGAUAUAGUAGAACACAGUAUUGGGAAGUAAUUUUUUUU